GAGGAAUUUGCUCUUUGGUAAAAGUCCCAUCUGCAUUGGUGCGAUCUUCUGCCUGGCACCUCUCUGACCACCAUCAUGUCCACGCUUUGCUCAGUUGUCAUUGGGCUUAUUCUAGCUUUUUCAGCAAUGGCACAAGGUGCAGAGAGAGCCUCUUCUGGAGGAAAUUCAUAUGCCCUACAACCCUGGUUGCUAGGCCUUACUGCUGUGGUUGUUUUCCUGUUCAUUGUUUUCAUCUUGCUGAUUGUUAACAGACUGUGGUGCAAAAAAGAGAAGCAUGAAUCCAAUGAGGAGAACCCCAAAGAGGAAAGGGUUGAAAUUAAUGCUUAUGAAAAUAAAGGACUGGAAAAGGAUGAUGACGAUGAGGACAAGAAGAAAGAGCAGAAUAAAAAGGAGGCAAAGUGGGAGAAGGAUGAAAAAGAGGAUUCCAAAAUCACUGCCAUGUGACUUAAAUAACCACUACCGUUUCCUGUAAUUUAUUUUGCAAAAGAUUUAGGCAGUACAACACCUGCAGUGUUGAGGAGAACCGUAAUAAAAGUUGUAAAUUUUGUUUCUUUUUGCAUAAAUAAUAGUCUUUAUUAGACAGUUAUUACAAAUGUUAAUUUUGCACAGUGUAUUUUUAAGGUCUACUUAAAGGUAGACCAGCGUUGGCUGGGGUGCCAGGGGCCCAACACAACACCUUUAACUGCAGGCCCACUCUCCAAAAUAUUUUCUCCCUCCCUCUUCAAUUAUUUGGAAUGCUUCUUUAAGCUUUACACUAAAAUAAAGUUGACUUUGUAUGUAC